AAGAUCACUUAGCAACUCAAGAACUGAAAUAUCCGUUUUACUCAGUAACAAUUUUCUAUGCCGCUUAGUUAUGUUUACCAGUUCGCGUCGUUUAACUCGACUUCCAUGCAAAUAAUGCCCUGAGAAGAAAAUUGCUUUGUGCAUAACACCUCAAGGAGAACGAAAAGUUCUAGAAUUUGCAUUCACGUUUUCUGUACUCGUGAUUUUACCGGCGUGAAGCUGCAAGGAUAGCGAUCAAAGUUUCUGGAAGAGUGGCUUGAAGGAUCGAUGAUUGCAUGCGCAGUGUGUUCAGAGUUCAUGAUUAUUGGAAUUCUCCUUGUUUCAAGGUUCGAAAGUCAACUUUUUUUGGUCUCGAGCAGAAAACUCUGAGUUAAGCACCUGAGAAAAUCACACGUGAGUGCAAGUAAUUUGUAAACAUGGAGCGUGCAGUCGAUGUAUUGCGAGACGCUUCAAUAUGGCUCCGAUCUCUGCCGAGGGGAGAUUUUACCGAGAAAGAUGCUCCAACCAAAAAACCUGACGCCAUCUGGUCCAAAACUAAAGAACCCCAGAUCGUCGUUGAAACAGAGUCGUUUGAAAAAAAGAAACCAAAAGAAAAACACGACGAGUUCGACUUCGACAAGGCGGGAGAAAAGCUACGAGAGAAGCUUGACUCGGUUAUAGCUCUUCCAAGCGAACUGAAGGAAAAAUUCCAAGCGAAAUUUCUCCGCAACACCGCAGUUAAAGUUGAGAUUUCCGAGAAAGAAGAGACCAGAUCCGGGAAGGAAACCGACUUUGAUCGAGAGUAUGACAUAAUUGAGUUGCGAGAAAAUAUAUUCGUCAUCGGAGGGGCGAGUGAGGGCAGCGAAAGCGAGCCCUCUUCAGCUGUUGGAGUCUUCAAUUGCACCGAAAGAACAUGGAGGGAAAUUGCGCCUUUGCCUGUGAAGACAACUGCUUGCUAUGCUACGGAAGUAACAGCUAUUCCUGCUCUUGUGGUAGCGGGUGGGUUUGGGGGAUGGAAGGCUCUUAACACGGUACAGAUGUAUGACUGGGUUACCAAGGAAUGGAGCGUCCUCAAACCGAUGAGAAAACGACGAUGGGGUUGUUAUGCGACAGGGACAGAGCACGGAAUUCUCGUUGCUGGAGGUUGCGAUCAGGGCACUGUUCUAAACAGUGUCGAGCUCUAUAACAUCAAGAGGAGAGAGUGGUUUACACUUCCAGAGAUGCAGGAGCCACGCUGCAACUUUGGUGGCGGAAUCAUCGACCGGAAGCUGCUUGUGGUCGGAGGCGGAUCAGGCUUCUACUUCAACACCGCAAAGAAUUCUGCUGAAAUAUUCGACGGACAGAAAGGAAAAUGGACGAAGCUACCACCGAUGAAGCGAAAGCGCUACGGCUGUGCUGCUGUGGCAUGGAAGAAAAAGCUUUUUGUGGUUGGUGGUUGUGAUAAAAAUGGAUCUGAUGUGUUAGAAGUUGAGGCGUUUGAUUUAGAGGGACAUGUGUGGCUAAACUUCCCUCCGAUACCAGUGGGAUAUUCCUUGUGCCGGGCUAAAAUUGUCCAAAACAUGCUUGUGGCGUUUGGCGCCGAUGGAGGCGAAAAUACUGCAUAUGCCUUUGAUUUUGAACUCAACAAAUGGGAGAAGUAUAUCGAGUUACCUCGCGGACGAAGUGCUUUUGCUAUUGGAGUUGUUGGCGUUUAAACUAUUGAAGUAAUUGUACAGUUCUAUCUUAAAAAAUUCUACAAACUCGCUUUGCUCGAAAGAACUGAAAUGGCUGCGUACGAGCUCUAAGGGCACGAAAAAUUUCCAAAAGUAAUUUUUUAGAGUAUUUCUCUACUUGGUCAGUUGCCUAUUUUAGGGGGGGGGGGCAUGCUGAAAACUUAACCAACUGAAGAGCUCGAAAAAAUUUCUGUAUGUACAUUAUCAGUACUUUUCCAAAGUAAGGCUUCACUGAAUCUGUCGGCAAUUAAAUAACAUGAUCAGAAAACUAUUUGUGAAUCAUUCAAUUAGGAAGUUUUUCAUUGCCCCUUAAGUAGAUAUUGCUGCAAGAACGUGUCAGAACAUUCUGCAUAAGUAUUUCAUGGUUUUGCGUCGAUAUGGCCUGUAGGUUUUUAGACUGUUGUAGAAUGUUAUAGAUGUGCCAUUCAUAGUAUUUAAAUAAUGACGCAAAACAUUUUCUCUGCUCUUUUUUUUGCUGUAAGUAACAAAAAUAAUCAUAAUUGUUUCUAGGAAGUGACUAAUUCUUGUUUACGAAUAUUUUUAUAUAGUUGAUCUCUGCGUCAUGUGGCAGAAUCAAGCCAGAAAGAAAUUUGUGAUGUUCAUUUGUUUACGCAAUAACAUCACCUUUGUAACUUGCUCUUUGAAAAUGUCGAAUUAUUGCGAUCGUUAUCUUAAAAUAUUCUUUUGUAUUACGGUCCAGUUUUAAAAUAUGCAGAUAGAAAACAAUUAGUUCUCACGA